UCCAAAACUACGAAACACCAUCGAUCUACGGCUUAGCGCCAUCUCAGGGCAGACAGUCACAAUGAUUCAACUCAAGACGAUGCUCAACUGCAUCGACAACUCCGGCGCCGCCGUGGUCGAGUGCGUCCAGGUCUUGAAGAAGAAGCGCCCCGCCACUGUUGGCGACCGCAUCGUCGUGGUCGUUCAGAAGCAACGCAGUUUCGGUGCCGACUCUACAGGAAACUCCGGUAUCGCCAACAAAGUCCGUCGUGGUGACAUCCGCCACGCCGUCGUUGUCCGCGCUAGAAAGGAAUUGCAGCGCCCCGAUGGUUCGAUCGUCAAGUUCGAUGAUAAUGCAUGUGUCCUGAUCAACAAGGCCGGCGAGCCCAUUGGAACCAGAAUGAACGGUGUCGUGGCUACGGAAUUACGAGGAAGACAGUGGUCGAAAAUUUUGUCAUUGGCACCCAUGCAUGUGUAAAUUAUACCUCCCCCAAGCGAAUUGUCCUUUUUCACUUAAAUAGCUUGUAUCAAUCAACGGUUUGCAUCUCCUUCUAUCAAGAUUCU